AUGAAGUCCGUUAUAGUUAUAUUGUUGGUCCUGUCUGUUUCAGCUUUGGCUCAGAAAUCUGGUUCUUGUCCUCAGCCACAGGGACCUGGUACUUGUGAUGAAGCCUGUUCUGGUGACUCUUCGUGUCCAGGGAACCAAAAAUGUUGUUCCAAUGGUGCUCUGAUUCACGCAGAGGAGAACGACACGAGUGCCUCACAUCCUCCUCGAAUUAAACCUGGGGCAUGCCCUUCAGGCAUCCAGGGUAUAUCUGGUACGUGCAGUGAAGAUUUAGCUUGUCCAGGAGACUGGAAAUGUUGCCCACUUUUUCCAUUUUUCCCUAAUAUAAUGAAGUUUUGUAAAGCACCGCUGAACGUGGACAAUUCGAAAAUUUCAGAAACGAGCUACGCUUAA